CAACAACGAAUUCAACGGUCAGGUCAUGGAGUUUGCAGAGUUGAUAAAGACACCCAGGGUGGACGGGGUUGUCUUACAUCGGCCUUUUAUGCCCACUGUGGAGGGGACCCUGUGUCUGACUGGUCAUCACCUGAUCCUGUCCUCCAGACAGGACAACACAGAGGAGCUGUGGCUGCUUCACUCAAACAUUGACUCUAUAGAGAAAAGAUUUGUUGGCUCUCUGGGAAGCAUCAUAGUGAAAUGCAAAGACCUGAGGGUGAUUCAGCUAGACAUCCCAGGCAUGGAGGAGUGCCUCAACAUUGCCAGCUCUAUUGAGGCUCUAUCCACACUUGAUUUAGUCUCCCUGAUGUAUCCUUUCUUCUACCGGCCCAUGUUUGAAGUCAUAGAAGAUGGCUGGAACUUAUUUCUUCCAGAGGAUGUCUUUAAAGAUUUGGAGUCCAUGACAGACGAGUGGAGACUGAGUGAAGUCAACAAAGACUUCGGUGUGUGUCCGUCAUACCCCCCUCUAGUGGCCGUACCCAAAGAUGUUGACGAUGAAACGCUGAAGAAAGUAGCUACCUUCCGACAUAGUGGCCGCUUUCCAGUCCUGAGCUACUACCACAAGAAGAAUGGCAUGGUAAUGAUGCGAGCAGGGCAGCCUCUGACCGGCACAAACGGGCGACGGUGUAAGGAAGACGAGAAACUCAUAAACGCCACCCUGCGGCCAGGCAAACGUGGCUACAUCAUCGACACGCGCACCAUCAAUGUCGCUCAGCAGGCCAAAGCUCGAGGCGGAGGAUUUGAGACCGAGGCAAACUACCCACAGUGGAGGAGGAUCCACAAGGCAAUCGAGAGGUCUAACAUCCUACAGGAAAGCCUGAUCAAGCUUGUAGAGGCGUGUAACGACCAGUCCCACAGUAUGGACCGCUGGUUAAGCAAGCUGGAAGCUUCCAACUGGCAGACUCAUGUCAAGGAGAUCCUCACCACGGCCUGCCUGGCUGCCCAGUGCAUCGACAGAGAGGGAGCCUCAGUGCUCGUUCAUGGCACAGAGGGCACAGACUCCACCUUGCAGGUGACCUCUUUGGCACAGAUAAUCCUUGAUCCUGCCUGCAGGACCAUCAGAGGCUUCCAAGGCCUGGUGGAGAGAGAGUGGCUCCAGGCGGGCCACCCGUUCCAGCAGCGCUGCGCCCAGUCUGCCUACUCCAACAGCAAGCCUCGACAAGAGGCGCCUAGCUUCCUGCUCUUCUUGGACUGUGUUUGGCAGAUCCUCCGCCAGUUUCCUUGCUCCUUUGAGUUCAGCGAGAGCUUUCUGGUGCUUCUGUUCGAACACGCCUAUGCUUCUCAGUUUGGCACCUUCUUGGGCAACAGCACAGCUGAGAGAACCAAACUGUCUCUGCCUGAGAAGACCGUGUCCCUCUGGUCGUGGGUGAAUCGGCCCCAAGAACUGGAGCGUUUAACCAACCCGCUCUUCGAGGCCAACAGUCUUGUGAUCUGGCCCUCUGUGGCCCCUCAGAGUCUGCUGCUGUGGGAAGGCGUGUUCCUUCGCUGGAACCGGUCCUCCAGGUGUUUCGAUGAGGCCUACGAUGAAAUGGUUCAUAUAAUUGAAUACAACAAGGAACUUCAGAGCAAAGUAAACAGCCUGCGCAGGCAGCUGGCUGAGCUCGAAACUGAAGAUCCUCUGCUACAGACGCCAUAGACGGAGAAAGAGAGAGAGGAAGAUGUGAGAGGUAGAAAGUGUGACAUUACACAGAAAUACACAUAAAGAUCAAUGUCAAGCUGAUUUGAAGCUUUGCUUCAGUUUAAAAUUUUCCUUAAAAAAAGGGUGACAUUUUGAUUUCCUGCACUGACAAAAAAAUGAAAUUGAACAACCAUAAGCCCAGUCUAACUUCAAAAUCCAUCAUGCAGUUAUCUUUCCUAUAUCUUUUACGCAUACACAUGGUACAACAGUUUACAAAAAGUUGUGAGUUGCAUCCCUACUCUAAUGUCUUUAUUGCAUUCUGACCUUUGUGUACCAUUUUACAGUGUUACGCCUCAGCUCAUAUCACACUGAUUGGCUCAUUUACAUCACAGAUAUCUCAAAAGUCAGUUUCCUCCAAAUGAAUUUGCAUAGAUUACCAUAAAUGUUGGAGCAUUGAUCUUGUUUAGGAAAGAAAACUGCGACUUUGAAUGUUAAUUCACUGCAUGGUACCACACUUUUUCCUCAUACAUCCUAUAUAUAUAUAUAGAUAUUCCACGGAAGCACUGCAGAGUAACUAUGGCAACAUAUAGGGUGCUAUUACAAAGUGUGUGACUUUGCUGCACGUUGAGAUGACAUAAUCAGCGUAGGUAGGGUCAGCGCCUACUCUUCUGUAGAAUGAGAUGGGCUGAUGGUUUAAUAAGGAUCUUACCAAAAUAUCCUGAUUCUUGUGUUUAUCAGAUUCUAACUUGACAUUCCAGUGUGUGAUGUAGCCAGGGCCAUGAAGCAAGAUUUGUAUAACACAACAUUAUAUAAAGAUUCAAUGUGCCGGCCUGAUAAUCUCUGGUUAGGUCAAUGUCACUAUGUGAAAUAGUGAAGAACAGUUAUUUUGUUAGUCAUUAAAAAAAAAUGCAUAUCUGCUGUUUUUGAAGUUAAAGAUCCAAAUCUAUUGCACUUUGUUAUUAAGGCAUUAUCAAUAUCAGAAAUGUACAAAUGGAAUUGUCAUUCUUGUACUAUCAUUUUUGUUGUUCAUAGUCACCAGCUGCUGCAGGUUAAGACAAAACAAAUGUACAUAUGUCCCACUGACUGGUACUCAGACUAAGUUAGCUCAAUGACACAGACAGUGUGUCAUGGGAACAUUGACAUCAGUGUCAAUGUUUUGCACCCAAAGGUCAUGUUUUCUUCAAAGAAACACAAAAACAUAUUUGACGUUUCUUUAAUAAAUCACCUACAUUUUCUCUGCAUACUGAUGGCACAGGUCAUCUUCAAUGCUGUCUGUAACUAGUAGCUCUCACAAGCAUCUUAUACUCUUGAGAAAGCACUUUAAAUAUAUAAAUAUAUAUAUAAAUGGAACGUUGAGGGCAAAAUGAAAUGCAGUGUUAAUCCUUUGAUAAUUGUUUGUUUUUACCUGUAAAGCUAUGUUUUCUCUGCUUGUUACCAUGUACUCUUAAACACUUGAUCUGCUUCAGAAUGCUUCAUAAUCACACUAAAAUGAAAUAACUUCAGCCACUACAUAAAACUUUUCUUAAAGAGAUAGUUGCAAACAGCUCUAUAUUAUACAUUUGUUUCCUUUUGCCAAAAGGACAUAUUGCCUACUGUUAUUUGUGUGCAUGAAUGACACAGUUAGUUGAGUCAGUGUAAAGAUGUGAGUUGCAGUUGUACUAAUUUCCUGUAUCUGCAUAAUCCAUUAGAUUAUCCUUAUAUAAUCACUGCUUUGUCAAAGUCAAUUAAAGCCUGAAAGACUGUCAGCACUGUAGACAUAUAAUGCGUUUGUCUGUUGUUGUGUUGUGAGCUUUAUGCAAUGCCUUACUGCAUAUAAAGUGAACAGUUCUAUUAUCACUUCAGAUGCCUGUAAAGUUAUAUCAAUGUUUUUUGGUUUUUUUUAAGAUUUCAAGCCAUUAAAGAUUAUAGCACAAAAUAUA